CGCGGUUAAAUCCAGUGACCCGGGACACCCUGGCGAGGCAAGUUCACACACAACAUACGUUCUGUGUAUACGUCUGAAAGGCUGGUACAUACUAUAUGUAUGACGAAAACCUGCUUCUUGUGUCUCCUAGUUGACUGUAGCCGACUGUACUGGCAGCGGAUGUGAUCGUCCUUCUUGGUCUUUGGUGGAGCUGCUGCUGGAGAGAGGGAGAAGCAGUUGCCACCGCAGAAGAGCAACAGCAGUGCCACCGUCAGAGCCCCCUACAGUGUGACCAUCAGAGAGCACAGACCUGCGCUGGGCGGCGGAUAUGACCUGGGCUCAGCUGUAGAAAAUGAGUGAGGAAUCCGAGUCUCUUAACGAGGAGGAACGAAGUUCAUUUCGUCCGUUUACCCGAGACAGUCUAGCUGCUAUAGAAGCACGGGUAGCGGAGGAAAAUGCAAAGAAGAAUGAACUACAAAGCUGUCUAUAAUGACGACGACGACGAUGAAGGACCACAGGCAGAUCCUAACUUGGAACAGGGGAUGCCCGUUCCGAACCGCCUCAUCCAGCAGUUCCCGGAGGAGUUGGUUGGCACGCCCCUGGAGGACAUCGAUCCGUUCUACCAUAACCAGAAGACGAUGGUGGUCAUAAGCAAAGGAAAGGACAUUUUUCGAUUCAGUGCCACAGACGCCAUGUGGAUCCUUAGUCCCUUCAAUCCUGUUCGGCGGACAGCCAUUUUCAUUCUCAUCCAUCCCCUCUUCAACCUGUUCAUUAUCUGCACCAUCUUAGCCAACUGCGUCCUCAUGAUUGUGCCGGCCACGGAGAAAGUAGAGGCUUCAGAAGUUCUCUUCACAGCAAUCUACACCUUCGAGUCUGGUGUGAAAGUAAUGGCCAGAGGGUUCAUUUUAGAAGGGUUCACAUAUCUACGCGACGCCUGGAACUGGCUGGACUUUAUAGUAAUAGCCUUAGCAUAUGUGACAAUGGGCAUUGACCUGGGUAACUUGGCAGCCUUGAGAACCUUCAGAGUACUGAGAGCACUGAAGACUGUCGCUAUUGUCCCAGGACUGAAGACUAUCGUGGGUGCUGUGAUCGAGUCUGUGAAAAAUCUACGUGAUGUCAUCAUUCUUACCGUGUUUUCGCUCUCAGUGUUUGCCUUACUUGGACUACAGAUUUACAUGGGGGUAUUGACGCAAAAGUGUAUCAGAAAGUUUAAUUUUAGUAAAGAACAUUGGACACACGAGGAAUGGUACAACUUUACUUGUAACGAAACAAAUUGGUACGUGGAUGAGGAUCUAGGCGAAAAGCCAUUGUGCGGCAACAGUAGUGGUGCAGGGAAGUGUCCGAAAGACUACAUAUGUUUACAAGGCUUUGGCCCCAAUCCCAACUAUGGGUACACAAGUUUUGACACCUUCGGCUGGGCCUUCUUAUCAGCUUUCCGACUGAUGACCCAAGAUUUCUGGGAGAGUUUAUAUCAAUUGGUGCUACGUGCGGCCGGACCCUGGCACAUCCUGUUCUUCGUCUUAAUCAUCUUCAUGGGUUCAUAUUACCUGGUGAACCUCAUUCUGGCCAUCGUCGCCAUGUCCUACGAUCAGCUGCAGAAGAAGGCCGAAGAGGAGGAGGAAGCUGCUCUUGCAGAAGAAGAGGCCAUUCGCAAACAACAAGAGGAGGCGCAGAAGAUGCACGACAUGGCGAUCCUGAUGGCGCAAGGCGAGAUCGAGGGGUCUGUAGCCAAGUCCCCCUCCAUGUUCUCCAGCAGGUCCUACGGUCUGUACGUGGAUCCAGGAGAUGGCAUUGACGACAACCAGAAGGAGAGUCUGUCCGUGAAGAGCGAAGGAGGCGAGUCAAUCACGGACUCGAAGCCAUCACGCCCCAACGGAAAACUCCCAAGGAAGGCGAGUCUUAGCCUCCCUGGCUCACCUUAUAACAUUCGAAAAGGGUCCCGGGGUAGCCACCAAUUCACCUGGCGGACCGCUAACGGCCGGCGCUUUGGCGACAAGAAGCCUCUGGUGCUGUCCACGUACCUGGACGCACAGGAGCACCUGCCAUACGCCGACGACUCCGCCGCGGUCACACCCAUGAGCGAGGAAAACGGUGCCAUCAUCGUGCCUGUGUAUACAACCCUGGGCUCCCGCCACAACUCCUACACUUCCCACACGUCCCGUAUAUCCUACACCUCCCACGGGGAUCUAAUCAACGGCAAGCCACCCACCAAAGAGUCUCAGCUCCUGAACAGGAUGGCCUCCCACGUCCCAGAGCUGGACAAUAAGCAUAUGCUGCAGAUGCUACCGCUCAGACUGGAGGGCGAAGCAUUGACAAAGAAGGAUGACGAAGUUAUUGAUAACAUCAUUCGGGAAAUAUUUGGCCCUGAUAUCAACCUAGAAUAUAUCGACAAAGAUGCAUCGGUUCAAGGCACUCCUCUAGGAAGGUCCAAAGAGAAUGUGGUUGACACGUCAAUGGAACAGGAGGAGGUGUUGCAGUUCAAGUUGAAGAACCAGGACGCCAACCCGUUCAUCGACCCCAUCCAGAAACACGCCGUCCUCGACAUGCGAGAUGUGAUGGUCCUCAAUGAGAUCAUUGAGCAAGCUGAGGCACAGGCGGGAAGACAGAGCCAAGCCAGUGAACAUGCAGACGAAGAGGUUUCUUACUAUUAUUUCCCUGCAGACGAGGAGGAAGAAACUCUUAAGGAUAAGAUCAGGCGAAAAGUGUACGAAUACUUGAUGAAAGGCAUCGACCUCUUCUGUGUCUGGGACUGUUGUAGGGUUUGGGUCAGAUUUGCAGAAUUUGUUGAGACCAUUAUCUUUGAUCCAUUUGUGGAAUUGUUCAUCACUCUCUGUAUCGCCGUCAACACACUCUUCAUGGCCAUGGACCACUACGGCAUGAACAAGGAUUUUGAAAACUUCUUGAAGACUGGAAACUACUUUUUUACGGCCACCUUCAGUAUCGAGUGCUUCGCCAAAAUCAUCGCCAUGAGUCCCAAGUAUUACCUCCAAGAAGGGUGGAAUAUCUUCGACUUCAUCAUCGUGGCGCUGUCGCUACUCGAGCUGGGUCUUGCCAACGUGUCUGGCCUGUCGGUGUUGAGGUCGUUUCGAUUGCUUCGUGUCUUCAAGCUGGCGAAGUCUUGGCCGACACUCAACCUCCUCAUUUCCAUCAUGGGUAAGACCGUUGGCGCCUUGGGUAACCUGACCUUCGUCUUGUGUAUUAUCAUCUUCAUUUUCGCCGUCAUGGGCAUGCAGCUCUUCGGCAAGAAUUACACAGACAACGUGAGCCGCUUCAAGCCGAGCGCCGACGGCCAACUGCCGCGCUGGAACUUCAUAGAUUUCAUGCACUCGUUCAUGAUCGUGUUCCGGGUGCUGUGCGGAGAGUGGAUCGAGAGUAUGUGGGACUGCAUGCUGGUCGGCGAUUGGCCAUGCAUCCCCUUCUUCUUGGCCACUGUCGUCAUCGGAAACUUGGUCGUACUGAACCUUUUCUUAGCCCUGUUGCUGAGCAGCUUCGGGGCCUCGAACCUGUCAGCGCCGGUGAGUGACGGAGAACCCAACAAGCUCGCUGAAGCUUUCGACCGCAUCGCCCGCUUCAAGCUGUGGGUGAAGCGAACGGCCAUGAACGGACUGAAGCUUGUCCGGUCCAAGCUCACCAACCAGAUAAGCGAUCAGACUCCAGUGUUGGCACGGCGUCUUACAGACCCUCGAGGCGUGGAGGCCGACGAGAUCCUCGCAGACGGACAGACCCUGUGCAAGAAGAUGGCCAAGGACCACACGCAGGUCGACAUCCCCAUGGACGGAAUCGACCUCGUAGACGGGAAGAUGAAGAACAAAUCCGUCAUCAACAACAGCAAACACAUCGGCAACUCGAUCGGCAAGGACAACCGCGACGUCAUCGAGAACGACUACAGCAACAAGAAGAUCGUCCGGCUGGAGGAGGACGCCGUCAGCAACAACUCCCUGGGCUCGCACAAGAACCAGAAGCUGAAGAGCGACAGCGGAAGCCACAAGGGGUCGACGGAAUCCCUCGAUGACGGAGAGGAGAAGAAAGAUGCCAGUAAGGAGGACCUCGAGGAUGGUAUGCUACUUGAUGAUUUCCAGGGAUCGAGCGGGGACGAGGAGAUGGGAGACGAGGAAAACGCCAUGCCCAUUAUGGACACCGGAAGUGACGUGGGCCUAGACUACCCUUCGGAGUGUUUCAAGGAGAGCUGUUACAUCAAGUGUCCCUGGUGUAGGGGCGACCCCGAAUCUCCGUUCUGGCAAGGCUGGGGCCACCUGCGUCUCAAGACCUAUCAGCUGAUCGAAAACAAGUACUUCGAAACGGCCGUCAUCACCAUGAUCCUGCUGUCCUCAAUGGCCUUGGCGCUGGAGGACGUCGAUCUAAAGGGCCGGCCGGCGCUCCAGGAUAUCCUGUACUACAUGGACAGGAUCUUCACGGUCAUCUUCUUCAUUGAGAUGUUGAUCAAGUGGGUUGCGCUUGGCUUCGCUAAGUACUUCACCAACGCUUGGUGUUGGCUCGACUUUCUCAUUGUCAUGGUGUCCUUGAUUAACCUUGUGGCAACCCUGGCCGGCGCAGGCAAAAUUCAGGCGUUCAAAACGAUGCGAACGCUACGUGCGCUGCGUCCCCUGAGGGCCAUGUCCCGGAUGCAGGGCAUGAGGGUCGUCGUGAACGCUCUUGUGGGUGCCAUUCCCUCGAUCGUAAAUGUGCUCCUCGUGUGCCUCAUCUUCUGGCUCAUCUUUGCAAUCAUGGGCGUGCAACUCUUCAACGGCAGGUACCACAAGUGUCUUAACGCUGAUGGUGUGAGGGUGAGCGCAGAGGAAGUCCCCGACAAAACAAACUGCAUCAAGUUGAACUAUACGUGGGAGAACAGCGAGGUGCAUUUCGAUCACGUGGGCAUGGCGUACCUCGCGCUAUUCCAGGUGGCCACGUGGAAGGGAUGGAUCCAGAUCAUGAACGACGCUAUUGAUGCCACUCAGCUGGAACAACAACCUCGGCGUGAGUACAACAUCUAUAUGUAUUUGUACUUCGUGUUCUUCAUUAUCUUUGGCUCUUUCUUCACUCUCAACCUCUUCAUCGGUGUCAUCAUCGACAACUUCAAUGAACAGAAGAAAAAGGCAGGAGGCUCUCUCGAAAUGUUCAUGACGGACGAUCAGAAGAAAUACUACAACGCCAUGAAGAAAAUGGGUUCCAAAAAGCCCUUGAAAGCUAUUCCAAGACCACAGUUCCGCCCACAAGCCGUGGUGUUCGAGAUAGUGACCAACAAGAAGUUUGACAUGAUCAUCAUGAUUUUCAUCGGACUGAACAUGCUUACGAUGACUUUGGAUCACUACAAUAUGACCGAUGAAUGGAAGAUGGUGCUCGACUACCUGAAUCUCGUCUUCAUAUGCAUCUUCACCUCCGAAUGUGUUUUGAAGGUGUUCGCCCUCCGUUGGCACUACUUCAAGGAGCCGUGGAAUCUCUUCGACUUCGUAGUGGUCAUCAUGUCUAUCCUUGGUCUGGUGCUGAAGGACAUCAUAGAACGCUACUUCGUGUCCCCAACGUUGCUUCGAGUGGUCCGCGUGGCGAAGGUGGGCCGAGUCCUGCGUCUAGUGAAGGGAGCCAAGGGCAUCCGAACGCUCCUCUUCGCCUUAGCCAUGUCCUUGCCCGCGCUCUUCAACAUCUGUCUGCUGCUCUUCUUGGUUGUAUUUAUCUUUGCAAUCUUCGGCAUGUCAUUCUUCAUGAACGUCAAACACACUGGGGCCUUGGACUCUGUUUACAACUUCGAGACGUUCUUCCAGUCUUUCAUUUUGCUGUUCCAAAUGAUGACGUCAGCUGGGUGGGAUAGUGUACUUUCUGGCAUUAUCAAUGAGAGGGACUGCCGGCAGCCUGAUCCGGAGACCGGCGAUCCUGGUAACUGCGGUAACCAAGCUAUCGGUAUAGCCUACCUAAUGGCCUACCUGGUAAUGACCUUCCUUAUCAUUAUCAACAUGUACAUCGCUGUCAUCCUCGAGAAUUACUCCCAAGCAACAGAAGACGUGGAAGAAGGUCUCACCGACGAUGACUACGAUAUGUACUAUGAGAUCUGGCAGCAGUUUGAUCCCAAAGGCACACAGUUUAUCGAAUUCUCCACUCUCUCACAAUUUUUGGAUGUACUAGAGCCUCCCCUUCAGAUUCACAAGCCAAACAAGUACAAAAUUGUGUCAAUGGAUAUCCCCAUUUGCAAAGGAGACCUUGUAUUCUGCGUUGAUAUCCUUGAUGCAUUGACUAAGGACUUCUUCGCUCGUAAAGGAAACCCAAUUGAAGACUCUGGGGAUAUAGGUGAAGUAGCACCGCCUACAGACAGGCCUGGUUACGAACCAGUGUCCUCAACGCUAUGGCGUCAACGUGAAGAAUAUUGCGCUCGACUAAUACAACAAGCGUGGCGCAAACACCGUCAGCAUAAAGACCUCUCCUCACUCUCUGGAGCUGAUUCCCAAGAAGACUUCAAGCAAGCAGAUACCGCCGUCCUGGUGGAAAGUGAUGGAUAUAUAACAAAAAACGGCCAUAAGGUGGUGAUUCACUCGCGAUCACCAUCGUUGACGUCACGGUCCACAGAUGUGUGACUGAAAAAGGCGAGUAAAUAAGUUGUUGCUUUUUAUCUACUAAAAGGAGCCAGUUGUGAACAGCUUUAUCGAAAGGCUAUUGGCACACAGUCGUUUGCUAAGUGAAAAAAGCUCGACUAGAGGUCCCACAAGGCUCUGAUAUUAAAUAUAUGUAAAUCCGCCGUUAACGAACAGUUAACCUCGUUGGUGUUGGCGGUUGGACCACUCUUGCUCGGGAACACUUCACUCCUAAUGCCUUGUUGUUUAAGUUUACAGUCCAACUGUCCUCAUCAGCUUCCCGAUCUUCGAGUGCCGCACCCUCUGUGCAGAUAUUACUGGCCUAAGUGAUUCACUAUAUGUUUAUUUUUGUAUUUAACAUUCUGAAUGAUUAUUAGGCCCUUAGUUACCCAUCUUGGUACUGCUGUUGGGUUCAAGCGAGACUGGGGGAUAGUCUUCGCAACUCUCACUCGUAGCUGGCGCGGAGGUGACGAGAAGCCUGAUGACACUGCCACCCAUGGCCGCCCACACACGCCCACGCUCACAGUAUUGUUAACACCCGGUGUAUGAAGCACCGACAACACCACAUCCCAUCCCCGAGGACGGCCAGGGUGUGCACCAGACCGAGGCAGCAGAUGAGAAGGAAGCGGAGUUGUGGGUGGAAAGCCACGCAGCGCCAUGAGGGGGUUUCAUCACAGAGGAAACUGUGUACAUAGUGCAGGGGGGCGGAGUGGUGCUCACUGAACCUACGUGAUAUGGAAAAUUCCCUGGACAUGCGCAUUUUCCACCGGCAAAAAGACAGUUCUUGACAAGUAUUAGAGAAUCUUCGAUCUGCAUAAUUAACCAAGUUCAUGAACAGUGUGAUACACAAUGCCUUUACAGGAGUGCAUAAUGUAAAUAACGGGUGCACAGUAUGGUAGAAUCUGUUCGUUAGGCGUCUUCAUGGACAACCAGCCACCCGUCCUCCCCAGUCCUCAUCCUCUGCUCUUUCUCCUUCAACUCUUCCUUCACCUUGGCGCCCUGGUCUGUCCUUUAAUUUCAUCACAUUCAGCCUUCCAUUCCAUCCGUUACUUCUUUUAUAAAUCAGCAUGCAACUUUGCCCAUUCUUUGCGUCAUUGCCCACUCCUUUGUUUCAGCGUUCAUUUACCCUUUUUUUUCUUCGCUUGACUUUUCCUUUGUACGUGGAAGGCACUGCAUGAACAGCCUGCACUGAGCCAAUUCCCCUGGCGCAGUGCAGUCGGACCCUUCAGUAACCCAGUGACUGGCAUGCCUCUCUUAGGUUAGGCUCAGAUCACGGGCUCAAUCACAGGCUGCAGGAUUGGGCAAAGGAGCAAUACUCAGUUGUAGGGAAAGCCUGCUUCAAUAACAUUUUUAAAUAAGGCAGAAUGGAUGAUCAUCUGUCCUCUGGGGGA